CUCCGCCUCUUCCUCCUCCUCUUCCUCCUCCUCUUCCUCCUCCUCCUUUAGGGGCUCAGCGUCGUAGCCUCGCACUUCCCCCCUGGCGCGCCGCCGAUGCUUGCCACGCGCGGCUCCGGUCGUGUCGCCUGUCAGCCGGGGGCCGCCGCUCAGGCAGCCGUCUCGCCUCGAGCCCCCGCCGACCAGGUGGCCAGCGUGCGGUGCGAGCCACCUGCGCUCGUGGAUGCCCAGCCUGCCGACGGGAUGCGCUUCGGCCUCCGGGGCGACCGGAAGCGGGAGCCCGGCAUCCUGCCGGCGGACCGCGCGGUGACGAUAUCCACCCAUGGCCAACGACAUCGGGGGCCACGCUCUCCCGCCCUCGGCACUCGGCCCCCGACGCCGCCGACGAGCUCACGGCGCUCAACGGCGAGGCCCGCCCGGGCGGCGCGCGGCGGGGCGCGGACCACGGCGGGCCGGCGCUCGGCGGAGCGGCGCUGGGCGGGGCGCUGGGCGGGGCGGCGGCGCGACGGCUGGACUACGACGAGGGGGAAGGCGCCAGAGGGCUACGUCGAGGGCCAGCGGACUACUACGACUACGACGGGGCUGCCCACGGAGGCCCCGGCGGCUGCAAGCUCAGCGCGUGGGCGGCCGCGGCCUGCCUGCUGGGCCUGCUGGCCUGCGCGGCGGUGCCGGCCUACUGGGCGCUGGGCGGCGCGCGCCGGCGCGCGCCGGCGCAGGGCGGGGCGCCGGCGGCCGCGUCGGAGGGCGAGCUCCCCAACGAGGCCAUUCUUCCGGACGGGGCCGUGGUCCCGACGGGCACCGCAGUGCAGGAGACGCUCUGGGUCCUCGGCCGCGAAGCUGGCCGCUCGUGCGACGACGUGUGCGCCGAGCACGGGGGCCUGGCCUGUUCCGAGGCGGACAUCGAGGCAGUGGCCGACGACGACGCGCUCGAGCGCGCGGCCCUCCUCGCGGGGCACCGAUGCCCCGACUUGGCGGGCCUGCCGUACGACGGCCUCCCAGGCGUGUGCACCAGCAUGGCGUGCUGCGGCGGCAGCUGCACGGGCAGCUGCGCAUUGGCGCGGAGGGGUGCCCGGCGGGUCGGCAAGCCAAGGGGCGAUGCAGAGCUGGGCCCCCUGCCCGCGAGCUGUGGCGCCGAGGUUGAGGUACAUCGCGCGCUGCGCGGAGCGCGCGCCGAGCCACUGGUCGCGCCUCUGCCCCUGCAGGGGGGCCCCGGGCAUGGAGCCGGAGGCCGCGCCGGCCUCCGCUUCGGAGGCACCAGCCUGCAGCUGCAUCUCCAGCGAAGCCUACACGUGCGAGGACGGCGAAGCCGCCAGCUGUGAGGCUGGGGAGGAGUGCUACUCCGACGCCUCGUUCGGCAGCGCGGACUGGUCCAGCGGCUGUGCGAGGAGCAUGUCCACCACGACGCCGGGGUUGCCGGGCUGCAGCGGCAGCAUCUCGUGCGCCUACACGUGCAGCGAGCUUCGCUACGACAGCGGGCGGGGCGCCAUCUUCUUCAACGAUCCCUGUGGCCUCGAGUACCACGUCGACGUGAUGUUGGAGUGCGACAACGGACACUUCAUCGAGCGCCAGUACGAGAAGUGCCAGAACCAUCCAGCGGCUUUCUGCACCUGCGCCAGGGCGUGCCCCAGCCUGGGCGUGCCCAGCGGCGUCCUCGAGCUGUGCUAGAAAAGGAGCGCGCCGGUGGCCGGCGCUCUUGGCCGUGGCUGCCAGCACCGCCACCAACGUUGCCACUGUCAAGAUCCGUGGUCUUAAGUCGGGCCUGUCCCUAUACAGGGGG